AUGGCUCAACUCGAGGAAGAGUUAAAGGAGGAUGCCUGGAUAGAGGUUGAAACUGAGCCCGAGCCAGCAGUAACUUGCUUAGAAAGCCCCUAUGCUUCGAAGCCUGCCAUGUUCCGCACCUCGGAUGGCACAAUCUUCUCAGUGCCAGAGGGCUUCGCCUCCAAGCUGCCGGCACUGGCUGAGCUCCGCAAAGAAAAUCAAGACGGAGUCACCAACUUGUCAUUUGACAAAGAGAUAGCUCACGUAUUCUUCCACUGCCUCUGCACUGGGACCUACGAUGUAGGUUUCAGUGAACAUUCUCCUUGGAUUGGUCCUGGAUACCUUAAGGCACUCUUGGAAUUGAAAUACAGCCUUCGUGUCCAUGAUGUUGCGAAAGAGUAUGGGUUCAGUGCCCUAAAAUCUAGUGCUGAGACUCAUAUGGAGAAAAACUACAAGUGGCUUCCACUUGCCGUCUUUAUGGAUCAUAUCCGAGAGAACUUGGCUUAUUUCAAAGACGAUAUGAACUGGCUUCACGGGCAGGUCCAAAUCGCCCUUGAAGCCGCAUUUGCAGUCAACUCUUUCUUCUAUGAAAGCUCCGCCUUUCUUGGAAACAUUGGACACUCUCCGGAAUUUGACAGGCUUUUGGCCCAGGUUAUGGGGAAAAUGUAUAGAUCCAUGCAUACUGACGGUACUGAAGAAGUUGCAUGGACACUGAGCAAGGAAAGCCGGGGCUGGGACUUCCAGUAA